AAUUAACAUUUAUUUUGCAGAAACAAGAACGGCUGGGAUUGAUUGAUGAAAUCUAGGAUAUUAUAAGAUGAAUCAAGACCAGGAUUGAUUGAUGAAAUCUAGGAUAUUAUAAGAUGAAUCAAGACCAGGAUUGAUUGAUGAAAUCUAGGAGAUUAUAAGAUGAAUCAAGACCAGGAUUGAUUGAUGAAAUCUAGGAUAUUAUAAGAUGAAAUAGAACAGUACACCAAAUGAAUCAUCUACUUCUUGUGAUGUUAUUGUGAAUAAAAACUUUAGUGAUUAUGGUACAUUGUUAGCUAUCGAAAUUGACCAAAGACAAAUUGACCUAUUAGCUACUCAGAUUUUAGCUUGACGGUCAAUCUUGAAGAACCGACUAACACUGAUUUCUCCUCAUUGAGUGGAUAGAUCACUGUUCUAAUCUGAUUGGUUACAGAAACCAGCUGUUUAACUUGAUAUUUUACUGGAACAAAUAUAAAGAAUUAUUUCAGUGCUCCACAACUUAAUUAACCUUGGUUGCUUAGGGAAGUAAAUAUAGAAUUGGAGCAAACUAGUUUAAAGAUAAGUGAUGAGCCGACCAAGCUAUGAGGAUGGAACGGCCAUCUUGUUUUCUGAACUUGAAUCCCGCGUGACUGGAGUUGUGGCAUGCAUAUGCUCUGUUCUAGGAGUUGUUGGAAACUUGGUAACUAUCGGAGCCCUGCUUAAUAGUAAAAAGUUGCGGAGUCAUCCCACCACACUUUUCCUGAUCUCCUUAGCUCUCUCAGAUCUUAUAUUCGGAGGAUACAACCUUCCACUCACAGCUCAUAGAUUUUUCCACCGUGGUUGUGAGUUUAUGUGCUUGGAUUAUCAUGUCUGCAGAUACUUUCCAUUCUUUUUCUACGGGAACCUUGGGGUCUCCAUCUACAUCAUGUCCAUCAUUGCGAUCUAUCGAGUCUUUGGGGUCUUCAAUGGACAUGUUCUUAACACAGUUUUCAAUACGCGCACUGUUCCUCUGAUGAUACUUGGUGUUUGGAUUUUAGUUUUUGGAACUCUUACUCUUCCAUUGACAGAACAUUGGGGACAGUUUGGGUUUGAGAGUCAAACAUUCUCAUGUACAAUAGUUGAAAGCGAAGGAGAAACAUUUAUGCCAGCCAUGACUAUUCUUGGUAUAGUUCUUCCCUGCUGCUUCAUAUCUAUAUCCUAUAUAUCCAUAUAUUGGAGAGUUAGAUUUACAGGAAAUGCUACGAGGAAGGCCAGUAGAUACGGUCAUGAAGAAGAAGAUCAGAAUAAUUUUGAUUAUCAUAAACAUAUAAAGGAGAGAGAGAGAGAGUUGACCCGAACUUUGCUUUAUAUAUUUCUUGGUUUUGUAAUCUGCUUUCUACCUUUCUGCAUUCUUACAGUUGCGGACCCAAUGCCUCCCUCUAAGAAUAGUGUUCUUCAUCUCCUCUCGUAUAUUCUAACCUGGACUUCAUGCUUUAUCAAUCCAUUCAUUUACUGCGUCACAAACAAGUACUAUUAUGAGGCAUAUAAGAACAUGUUUGUCGAUCUACUCCGUCUCUGCUCUGUUCCAGGAAGCCGUGUACAACCUGUUACAAACACUACCGGAGUAUCUAACCAAAGCUCUACACUCAAAGAACAGGAUUUAGUUGAACUGGAGAAUUUGUUUAACAGACGACGAAAUUCAUCAGAAAUCAUCGAAACAACAAGACUAUAGAAUAAAUUCAUAACAGAGAAAAAAGCACUGAGAAGGAGUGUAAACAGGGGGCUAAGGCCCCCCCCCCCCCCGGAUAAAAAUUAAUCAAAGGAAUUGAGUCUUUGCCACGAACUGUGGUUUUCUCAUCCUCAUUUCUUUGUCGUACAACUUAAAAAUUUCAAACUAUGAAUUCUGUAAGAUGAAUUAAUCUAAGUUUAAAAUAUCAAAGGUUUAUGCCAUGAAAUUGCAGAUAUAUGGAUUAGAGAAUUUGAGUUGUGGCAAGGACUACGUUCUGGAUUUAAAGGCUUGAAUUUAAACCUCGAACAAAGUAAAUUAAGUAAAACCGGCAAAAAUAUAAUUUCAAAUUAUACUCAAGGCAAAACUCGAAAAAACCUCUAAAAUCCGCAAUAUUUAGUAAACAAUCCAGAAUUUGUCAGUCAUAGUUGAACUGGCAAGGAAGAUGUUAGAUUCAUCAAUUAUCUUCCCGGAUUCUGAGGCGUUGAUCAAGGAAGGCAGCCGAAAAAACGUUCUGAGGGCCUUCAAUCAACUCAGAGACUUAAUUGGAGAUGAGCGUGAGUCCAGACCACCAACUGAACAUAAGUUAUUACAAUUUGUUUGGCAUCCUAAAGAGGAGAAAGAAUUGGCUUCAUCCAGUCUUUGGACAAUCUACAGUAUGAUCAAUAUUUUAACCUGGAAACACUGCUUUCUGAGAUCAAAAAUCUUCUGGGAUAUUAUUUCUCAUAAUGUCCCAGGACAAUUAUGAGAAAUAAUAUCCCAGAAGAUUUUCCAAUUACAGGAAAAUACACGGGAUAUUAAUUCUCCCAAAAUGGAAUAAAAUCAAAAGUUAUCGCGUUAAAGCUUGAAAAGAAAAAUUAUUAUAACCGAUUAAUAAAUAAAUACUGUUGUCAAUGAGAAAAAUUUCAAAAAAAUGUUUGAUAAAACUUACCAUUUUGUGAGGGAAUACAAUAUUAUUAAUAUACAUUUUGAAUUAUUUUUUUCAGUUGGAUAAAUGAAUACAUUUAACAAGAUUACGACGAACAUGUGGUAAAUGAAUGUGCCCUUUUAGUUUCUAAAUACCAUUCUCCUAAAUUAGUGAUUCAUAUUUUUCAUCUGAAGAUACAUUAAUAAUGGAUUGGAGUACAUUCAUAGCAACAUUUCAGAUCUUUAUUGUAAAGAUGUAUGUACAUUAUGUACUGACAGUACAAUGUUUUAAAUAUAUUUUAUAUAAGAGAUAUUAAAAUUUGUGAAUUGCGUACACUGUUGCACGUGUUGAAAAUAUAAGCUUACAGUGAGAACCAUAAAACCGUUGAAUACUAAGACGACAUUAUUACAAUACUUUCUUUGUAUUUAAUGUUGUUAUUAUAUUAUUAUAUUAUUAAAUAACUAAUUAAUUUUAUGCCCUGGGUGGCAACUUUUUAAUCUAUGGUGAACAUAUCCUGAAACCCAUAUAUUCCCAUAUAUAAAAUUUUCACUAUGUUCUUAUGGGUUUAAAAGUAAAAUAUCACCCCAGCUGAGUACACUUUUCAAUAUUUCGCGAAUUUUUUGCUAUGAAAUUCCCGCAUUCUUUUGAAUGAUCAUCUUCCAGCUUUAAUAUUUGGGAUUUUCUUUAAUAUGUACUUUUUAAAAGUUUAAACUUUAUAUUAGAUAUUAUAUAAUUGACGUGUUUCUCAUGUUCUUUCGAAAAUUUAAAGUCAUAACUUGCGUAUAAAAGUCGUCUUUCUAUUCCAGAUUUUUCUGGUUCUCACUGUACAUAGUGGAAAUAAUGAAUGCAUCGUAAAAUUUAGUCACCUUGCAUAAAUAUGUUAUUUUGAUUCCAAAUAUUGACAGUGUUUUAUAUUG